UGUGGGAAAAGCUUCAAUCGGAGCUCUGCCCUUAUCAGACAUCAGAGAAUCCACACUGGGGAGACGCCCUACACAUGCGCGGAGUGCGGGAAAAGCUUCAGUCUGCGCUCAAACCUUAUCAGACAUCAGAGAAUCCACACAGGGGAGACGCCCUACACGUGCUCUGAGUGUGGGAAAAGCUUCAGUCGGAGCUCAGACCUUAUCAGACAUCAGAGAAUCCACACAAGGGAGACGCCCCACGCAUGCGCGGAGUGCGGGAAAAGCUUCAGUCAGAGCUCACACCUUAUCACACAUCAGAGAAUCCACACAGGAGAGAAGCCCUACACAUGCGCGGAGUGCGGGAAAAGCUUCAGUCUGCGCUCAAACCUUAUCAGACAUCAGAGAAUCCACACAGGGGAGACGCCCUACACGUGCUCUGAGUGUGGGAAAAGCUUCAGUCGGAGCUCAGACCUUAUCAGACAUUGUAGAAUCCACACAGGAGAGACGCCCUACACAUGCGCGGAGUGCGGGAAAAGCUUCAGUCGGAGCUCACACCUUAUCACACAUCAGAGAAUCCACACAGGGGAGACGCCCUACACGUGCUCUGAGUGUGGGAAAAGCUUCAGUCGGAGCUCAGACCUUAUCAGACAUUGUAGAAUCCACACAGGAGAGACACCCUACACAUGCGCUGCGUGUGGGAAAAGCUUUAGUCAGAGCUCAGACCUUAUCAGACAUAGGAAAAUGCACAUGGGUGAGAAACCUUAUGAAUGCACUGAGUGUGGGAAAAGCUUUAGUCAGAGCUCAGACCUUAUCACACAUCGGAGAAUCCACACAGGAGAGAAGCCCUACACAUGCUCUGAGUGCGGGAAAAGCUUCAGUCACCGCUCAAACCUUAUCACACAUCAGAGAAUCCACACAGGAGAGAGGCCCUACACGUGCACUGAGUGCGGGAAAAGCUUCAAUCAGUGCUCACACCUUAUCACACAUCAGAGAAUCCACACCGGGGAGACGCCCUACACGUGCACUGAGUGCGGGAAAAGCUUCAAUCAGCGCUCAAACCUUAUCACACAUCAGAGAAUCCACACAGGGGAGAAGCCCUACACAUGCUCUGAGAGCAGGAAAAGCUUCAAUCAGAGCUCAAACCUUAUCAAACGUAGGAAAAUCCACAUGGGUGAGAAA